AUGCCACGUGAAACCUCGAUUAUGCCGCGUCAAUUCCGCGUCACACAUCAAUCAUGCUGCGUCAAGCCUGUUGUGUCAAGAAUACUCCACAUCCUAUUUCCAAUGCAAGUGAAAACAAAAGGUCAGCGGCUGCGCGCACGAGUGCAGUUUGCGACAGUUUGUGGGUCGAUGUACCUAGCUGGAUGGAAUGAUGGGACUACUGGUCCAUUACUCCCUCGGAUACAAGCAGUGUAUGGUCUGAAUUUCGCUGUCGUAUCUCUGAUAUUUGUCAUCGCAUGCGUUGGCUUCCUAUCUGGAGCACUCGCAAAUCUAUAUCUGGACGGUAGAUUCGGCUUCGGAAAGGUGAUUGUGCUUGGAUCAGCGUGUCAAGUUGUAGCGUACGCCAUAGAAUCAGCUGCCUUGCCAUUUCCUGCAUUCGUACUAGGCUACGCCAUCAAUGGCUUUGGAAUGGCACUACAGGACGCACAAUCGAAUGGUUUUGUGGCCAGUCUCAAGGAUAGUCCCGAGACGAAAAUGGGGAUCCUCCACGCGGUAAGAGCUGGUGCUUUGUCGUCUCCUUUGGUAGCAACACAAUUUGCUCAGCUCCCGCAUUGGUCAUUUCACUACCUAUGCAGCCUCAGUGUCGCGUUCAUGAACAUUGUGUCGUUGAUUGCAGUCUUUGGGCUCAAAACACAGGAUGAGUGCCUUGCUCAGAUUGGACAGCCAGCGGGCGACAAGGGCACGAGUGAAAGUAGCCAGUUCAAUCAGAUAUUGCGACUCAGAGAAGUGCACCUCCUCGCCUUCUUCAUAUUGGUGUUAGUAGGAGUGGAGGUCACUGUAGGUGGCUGGAUGGUGACAUACAUCAUCGACGUGCGCGGUGGAGGUCCAAGUUCGGGAUAUAUCUCAUCAGGAUUUUGGGGAGGUAUCAUGAUUGGCCGCGUCGUUCUUUUGUGGGUGAACAAAAAGGUCGGGGAACGUCGUGUCUUGUUCAUUUACUCCAUCUUCGCAAUUGGGCUAGAGCUAAUAGUAUGGCUGGUGUCUUCGCUCGUUGGCGGAGGCGUGGCGAUCGCAAUGAUGGGUGUAAUUUUGGGACCGAUGUACCCCAUCGCUAUGAAUCAUACAGUACGCAUCCUCCCCGAGUGGCUCGUCACAGGGUCGAUCGGCUGGAUAGCAGGGUUCGGACAAGCAGGUUCUGCGCUCUUACCGUUCUUAACGGGUGCCAUUGCAUCUAAGACGGGAAUCAAGAGUUUACAGCCAUUUCUCGUUUCGAUGAUGGCCCUCUUGACCAUCAUAUGGGCUUUGGUUCCAAGAACCGCUAGAAGAGCCGAAUGAUAUUUGAAGACUC